UCUGAAAUCGCUUUUGCUUUUCCAAAGCAGCUCGGUGACAGUAGCUCAACCAAUUCUUCAGCCCUCCCAAACGGAUCCUUAGCUACCCACUUUUGUGUGUUGACUCGGGGCGAAUCUCGCUCGAUUCCCGAGUGUACUGGCCAGGAGAUCCUUCCCAAGAUCUAACGUUCCUCUUCACCGUCACACACGCUCACAUGCCUCCUUCGCGCGAGUGACACACUGACACUAGCUUUCUUCUUCCAUCUUCAGAGUUCCGAGAUUUUGGUACUACAUCUCUAUCUAGCUCUGUUUCAGAGAGAUCUGCGUACAAUGUCGAUAGAACCCUUCUGAUCUCUCAGAAAGCAGAUACAACACGAGAACCAGAACUUAUACAAGUAUACAGAAGAGGGAAAGAAGGAGGAGAAGAUGGGGUAUGGGUUAACGUCGGCAUUCGAUUCAAAGACAGGGCAGAUGCUAUUAUUGGCUCUGCUUAUCAUGGUUGCUUCUUUCUACACUGGUACUCUCUUCGGUAAUAAUACCGCCAUUUACGUCUCUCUAAGCCCCUCUCCUGUUUCUGGCUCUCACUCUGAUUCUUCUCCUGGUUCUAUAAGGUUUACAAAUAAAGUUGCUCUUACAUUUAGAAGAACACCACUUUUGAUACCUGAAACUGGGAUGAACAUAUGUCCACUGAUUUACAAUGAGCAUAUCCCUUGCCAUGAUUUGUCGUAUACCAAAGAGUUGCUCUCAGAUUUAGAUCUUUCUAGGAAAGAAGAACUCGAAAGGCACUGCCCUCCUCUUGCUAAAAAGUUGUUCUGCUUGGUGCCUCCACCAGUGGAUUAUAAAAUACCAAUAAGGUGGCCAACUAGUAGGGAUUAUGUAUGGCAAAGCAAUGUGAACCAUACACAUUUGGCUGAAGUCAAAGGAGGACAAAACUGGGUGCACGAGAAACAUCAGUUUUGGUGGUUCCCAGGUGGUGGUACUCAUUUCAAGCAUGGGGCUCCUGAGUACAUUCAAAGGUUAGGAAAUAUGACAACCAAUGAGACAGGUGAUCUGCGUUCAGCUGGGGUGGUUCAAGUUCUUGAUGUUGGUUGUGGGGUUGCCAGUUUCUCAGCUUACCUUCUUCCAUUGGAUAUACAAACAAUGUCUUUUGCUCCAAAAGAUGGCCAUGAGAAUCAGAUUCAAUUUGCCCUAGAGAGAGGAAUUGGUGCAAUGAUUUCUGUUUUAGCCACAAAACAACUACCUUUUCCAUCAAACUCAUUUGAAAUGGUUCACUGUUCCCGGUGCCGUGUUGAUUGGCAUGAGAAUGAUGGUGUGCUGCUGAAAGAAGUGCAUCGUCUUUUGCGACCUAAAGGGUAUUUUGUCUAUUCGGCACCACCUGCAUACAGAAAGGAUAAAGAUUUUCCUGUGAUUUGGGAUAAACUGGUCAAUCUGACUUCAGCAAUGUGCUGGAAGCUCAUUGCUCGGCAGGUUCAGACAGCAAUCUGGAUUAAAGAGGAAAAUAGAUCAUGCCAACUACAAAAUGCUGAACAGAAGCUAGUGAGUAUAUGCAAUGCUAAGGAUGAUUCUAGACCAUCAUGGAAAACACCACUCCUUAACUGUAUAAAGCUAAGUGAUGAGCAACAAGAUAAACAGAAUCUCCCUCGACCACAGCGGCUUUCAGUAUAUACUGAAACUCUGAGUAAUAUAGGCAUCAGUCGGGAUAAAUUUGCUUUGGAUACUAACUAUUGGAAAGAACAAGUUCGCCAGUAUUGGAAGCUGAUGAACAUUGACAAGUCAGAGAUUCGAAACAUCAUGGACAUGAAUGCUAAUUGUGGUGGAUUUGCUGUAGCCUUGAGUACCCUCCCUGUUUGGGUGAUGAACAUAGUUCCUGUUAGUAUGAAUAAUACCCUGUCUGCUAUUUACAACCGGGGUUUGAUAGGUUCUUUUCAUGACUGGUGUGAACCCUUCUCAACAUACCCACGAACAUAUGAUUUAUUGCAUGCCUACCAUCUCUUUUCUCACUACAAAGUCCAAGGAGAAGGUUGCUUAUUAGAAGACAUCAUGCUAGAGAUGGAUCGUAUUAUUCGUCCUCAAGGAUUUAUUAUUAUCAGAGACGAGGAAUCCAUUGUCUCAAGAAUCAAAGACAUUGCCCCAAAAUUUCUUUGGAAUGUCCAAUUACACGAGUUAGAAGAUGAGCAACAAAAAAAGCAACCUCUUCUAAUUUGCAGAAAGAUGUUCUGGGCAAUUGUUUGAGGUAUAACCAGCAUUUUAUGCCAAGGAGCAGAAAACACCAAGAUGUCAAACACCCUCUAGUACUCUGGUCUUAGACAGUCGAAAGGUAGCAAGUGGGAGGCCCCUAAUGUCUGGACACUCUCACCAUGUUCUGGAUAUUUACUUAAAUGGGCGUAAGUAGACCUGAAUCUGAGUAGAUGGUGCCUGGUCUUAAGAAGAAAUGCCCUAUCUCAGCUCAGGUACAAUACUCUGGCACUUGCAAGUAUGCAACAUUACUAAGGUUGUAGUUAUAUCAAGAAACCAUGGCAGAAGGCCUUGUCAAUCAAAGAGACAAUACUGGCCACGAAUACGAUGCUAGAUGCACCCAUUAGAUUCCAGCCAAACUUGGCAGAGUACUGCUUUUUGUCUAUUAUACGGUGUGCAUCCAGACUCGACACAUACAAUCAGAUCAAAAGGAACCACCAGUUUAUACUUUAUUGGUUAGGUAACAUGUCUUCGACCAACCAUUCUGAGAAGGAUUCCAUAUGGGCCUUUUCUGGGUAGGGUCUUUGUUGGUGGUUUUGGCCCUAAAAACUGCAAUUAAGGCUUCUAGACAAUACUCUGUCUCUUAUUCUGUGUAACCAUGCUAUCCACAUAUAUGGGCAGCCCAGUUUGUUAACAACCUUAGAACUAGUUUGUUACAACAUGUUCAAAGGAAUGAAAUCUGUAGAAAUCUUUUGUUCCCUA